CCCGAUGGUCGGUACUUCCUCUUCGGAGGACAGGCAGCGGAAAAAGAGAGGAGGGGCCUCUCUCUUAUCAACACUGGAGAUGCAAUGACAGCUAGAUAAUGUGUAAUACUUGCACCUAACUCUACUAAUUUGACAAUAUUUAGACGUCGUUUUUCCUAUAAGAUUUAAUAAAUAACGCUACACUCUUCUUUGGAAAGGUUAGCUCUUCGUAGUAACUAACAAAACGCGAAAUGAAUGGGGCAGCGUUCCCUUCCCCCAUGGCAGAAAUGGCGGAGAUGAACCGUAUCCAGUAUGAGCUCGACUACACCGAAGGGAUCAGCCAGAGGAUGCGCAUCCCUGAGAUGCUCAAAGUGGCUCCUCAAGGCCGCGAGGACCCUAAUCUUGGCUCUCAGGAGGUCCCCCACAGUGUCAUAAUGCAGGUCCCAGAGAGAAUUGUGAUUUCAGGAGACAGUAAUGACCCCCAGUUCCCCAGACCGAGGGACCUGGACCUAAUCCAGUCAACACCACUAGAAACCCUAUCUCUGAAGACUCCACCCAGAGUCCUCACCCUCAGUGAUCGGCCCUUGGACUUCCUGGAAGAGGAGCAACAGGCGGCUCCAGACAGUGAGGAGGUGUUGCGGACCCAAACUCGAGUACGCCGGGAACGUUCAGCCAGUGAGAAUGCAGCUGCCCGUCACAACACGCAGCUGAUGCGCAACGAUUCUGCUGCGACCCUGUCCCCCCCGGCCACUGUCCACCCUUGCCCCACUCUCACCAUGACUGAAGAAGAACACAGCCUGUACAGCCCUAGCGGUGUUUUAUCUUUCCUCCAGUCCACUACACGUCGGGCCUACCAGCAGGUCCUAGAGGUCUUGGACGAGAACCCUCGCAGCAAACCAUCCCUGCGAGGGGGGUCGGCCACGAGCUCCAACCCCCUGCAUGACACCAGGCUUGCACUGUCAACGUAUGAAGCCACACUGGAUGCCGGGUCUGACGACAUGACUGUGGUUGAUGCAACGACGCUUCGACGUCAGCUCAUCAAGUUGAACCGUAGACUGCAACAUUUGGAAGAGGAGAACAAAGAGCGAGCAAAGCGAGAGAUGAUCCUGUACUCGGUCACUGUAGCGUUCUGGCUCGUCAACACCUGGGUGUGGUUGCGACGUUAAAAGCCAGCCUGUGUUUCUGCCAUCACCGGGACAGAAGAACGUACUAUCCCUUAUUCUGUGUCAAAUGUUAGCCAACCGCUGCACUCAGUCCCUGUGUGAGAAAGACCUUGUAACAUGUGUACAAGGCCGGUUGACCACAGGGCUUAUAUUUUGAUUUGGUUUAUUUAAGACAUGUACAGUUUUAUUUUUUUACUCUCGUUUCAUCCUGCCUCACGUUUGUCAUUUUUUUGUCUUUAUUACAAACCUUCUUGUGCGACGCUAAGCAUGACUUGUUGUAAAUAUUUGUCUGUGUCACUCAGAGUAUUGGAUAGAAGUCAUCCAGACAUAGAGUAAAGCAUAGUUUAUCAAAAUCUGAAAAAAUAGAGUUGCAGUGUGGAGAUGUAACAUGUUGGAUAUUUAUUGGGGAAAGAGUAUUAUGUAACUUGAACUGGGAAAUGUAAUACAAUUUACUAAAACUAUACAUAAGA